AUGUCGUCGUCGUCGGCGAAGGCGAAGAAAAUUAUCUCGAGGAUCAUGCCCAAGAGGAAAUCGAAAUCGAGGUCCAUAUCGUCCCUGGCAUCAUCGUCAAGUGAGGAUGAUAGACCGAGGAAGAAAAAGAUUUCACUCCGAGAAAAGGUUCAGAAUGCGAAGCCCAAAUUGAAUCCUCCGUUCAGGAAGAAGCGCUCUGACACCAACGCUAAGAACUCCCAAGGCCUCACUCCGCUUCAUGUAGCUGUACUCGACAGCAACGUAGAUGGCGUUAGAGACCUUCUUUCCAGGAAAGACAUUGACAUCAAUGUCGAAGACCGUCGACAUCGCACGCCCCUGAUCGUGGCUUGUGAGAACAACCUGACCGACAUCGCCCUCAAGCUCAUCAAAAACAACGCUGACCUGACCGUUUGGGACGAGAAUUUUGACACGCCACUCCACAUCGCAUUCAGGAAGGGAAACAGAACAAUUGCGGAGAGGAUCGUUGAUAGGGCCAGGGCUAAAGGGCAUCUGAAAGAGCUGGUGACCGAGCCUAACUGGAACUGGGUGGCUCCCAUCCAUGAGGCAGUCAGAGUAGGCCACACAGAUCUCGUCAAGAAGUGUCUGGAUGAAGCUCUUAAGUCCGAAAAUCGCGAUGAGGCGGAGAAGUACGACCUCGACAAUGGAGUCAAUGAUGACCGCGACAAUGUGCUGGAUCUUCGCGGGGAGAACGACGAUUCUCUUCUCCACAUCGCCUCUUCGAACGGACAUGUUGACGUAGUCGAGCUUCUGGUCGAAAGAGGUGCGAAGAUCGACAGUACAAACUGGGAUCUUCGAACCCCAUUGCAUCUGGCUUGUAUUGGCAACCACAGGGCCGUGGUGGAACACUUGGUCGAAAAGAAGGCCAAUCUCGAAAAGACCGACGUCGAUGACCUCACUCCUCUCCAGGUGGCAGCCAAUGCCGAGAGUUUUGACGUCAUCAUCGCUCUCCUAGAACGCCAUUAUAAUAACAACAAGAACCAAACUCCACUGGCCAUCAAAGACAACUACGAUACCGCGACAAUCAUCAGCGAAGGUGGAAAAUCUUCGAUCGGGUACGUUGAAGGGAACGAUCUCGAUGCCAUCGCGGAAGAAGAAAAUGAAACAGCGGUCGAUGCGGAGGAUGAUUACCGAGUAGACGAACUAAACGAAAAUGAAAACGAAGGCUCGGUGGCAGAUGUCACUGACCACACCAACGAUGGCGACAACAAAGGAGAUCUGGAGGAGAUCGACGAAACCAAAUCAACGAAAGCGGACUCAGUGGGAACGAACGUCGAGGAAAGUCUAGCUGGUGAUUUCGACGAAGAGGGUAAAGUCGAUCCCGUGAAUGAGCCUGAAGAGCCGACUACGCCGGACAAUUUUGAUGAGAAGACCAGCCUUGCCGCCUUCAAAGUCGAGCCCACCCCUGAACCGGAAGCUCAACCGAUAAGCGAAGAGAAAGAUGAAUCCAUCGCUGAAUUCCUGGACUGGGUGGUUACUGAGAACAAAGCAAAUGUCUUGAAGCUGUUCCUGAGGUACAGAUCAAAGCUGAAUGACGUCGGUGAUGACGACAUAAAGAAGUACAUGAGCCACGCCGCAAAGAACGGCCAUACAGAGACGGUCGGAGUUUUGAUUCGCUGGAAACCAGAGUUCGUCAAUUUCUACGAUGACGACGGGAAGACACCGCUCCAUCACGCCGCUGCACACGGGCACGAUGUCGUGGUCCAAGAGCUCACUAAGGCCAGCGCAUCGGUCAAUGCCACAACCAUUGACCCCGUUGGACCCGGGUUCAAUCAGGAAAUGACUGCCGACGAUGUCACAGACAAUACCAGAUCCAGCAAGAAGGCUGAUGAAAGAACAGCUCUUCACUUUGCUGCCGCCAACGGCUUUGCUAAGCCAGUUCGAUCGCUUGUCAAGGCUGGGGCUGAUAUCAACUUCCCAGACAAAAACGGGGUCACUCCGCUCCACCUAGCGUGUAUAGGUGGUCAUCUCGAUGCUGUAAAACAACUGACCGAACACGACGUCGACCUGCUGACCCGUGAUCAUCAAGGUCGAAACUGCAUGGAGUUUGCCGCUGAUUGUGGAAAUGAGAACGUGGCCUAUUUUCUGCUGAGUCAUCGUGACUGGAAACAGAUUAUGUCAUCAAGCUCAUGGGAUGAAUAUCACAAAGAUCGAUCGACUCCUAUGGAGAAACUUAUCGAGAAAAUGCCCGACGUGGCUCAAGCCGUCAUGGAUAAGUGCAUUGAAAUCUCUCCGUAUGCAGACCGCAAGGACGAAGAAUUCUGGAUUGAAUUCUACUACGAGUUCUUAGAGGAUUCAUUUUCCCUCUGGGAAAAUCACAUUGAAAAUAAAAAUAACACAAACAACAACAAUGAUAGUACAGAGGACGAAACGGCCUUGACUGAAACACAAUCCACGCCCAUCAACGACGACGCCCCACAAGAAGAAGGAACUCAGCAAGAGGACGAAACUCAACCUAGCGACAAUCACAUCAUCGACGAAAACCACGUUGACGAGGAGAACCAGGUUGACGAGAACGAGACCUCGUUCACAAACAAACCCGAGGACGAAGGUACGCUCAACGGCGGAUUCAAACAUGACGAUGGCGACGUCGAAUCUCAGAAACCCGAGGCCCUUGCCAGUUACAAAGAGGUACAGGAGGAACCCGAACCGAUGUCGAAUGUGACGGCGUACGACGAUGACGGGUAUUUGAGAUCGAAAAUGAGACCGUAUUCGAGUAACUCUGCGCGGAUGGUGAAAAAUCAUCCUCUGAUCGCUAUGGUGAAAUCGGAGCGUGUCGACCUACUGACCCACCCCCUGGUCAUCAGCCUCCUUGACCACAAGUGGUCUUCCCUCGGUCGCUACGUCUUUUGGCCAUCACUCAUCAUCUACUUCAUCUUCCUGGUCAUCUUGACAGGGUACGUGACAGCGGUCGCACCACGAUACUAUGCCAAGAUGGCGAACGAGACGGAGAUCGAGUGGUUCGGGGAUGGCGAGCAGCGUUGGAUCAAGGGGAUUCCGCAGGCCACUCUGGAUUUCUUUGCGGUCAACGGUCACUGGGUUAUACUGAUUCUUGCAGUUUUACAUCUUGUUUGUGAGCUAAUCCUCUUGGUGGUGCAGAGACUGUCAUAUUUCCGGCUCCGAAAGCUUGUGGAAUGCUCCAUGUACCUCCUAUCCAUACUGUUCGUGAUACCUUUGGCUGGACAGGCCGAAUAUCAACCGAGUAUCUCGCUGCGUAUGGGAUGGCAGUGGCAAUGUGGUUCAGUAGCUGUGUGCCUGGCCUGGAUCAACUUCAUCAUGUUCCUCAGACGAUUCUCUUUCCUUGGUCUCUAUGUGCUCAUGUUCAUGGAUAUUCUUCGAAGCUUCCUCAAAUUCAUCUUGGUCCUGUUCUGUUUUAUCAUGGCCUUCGCCCUCGCUUUCUACAUGCUUCUUGUCAAUCAGGUAAUGAUAAUAGUCUGUUCUUGUACGGUGCCUAACACAUUAUGA